UGAAUCAACGAGCACACAUAGAAAAAGAUCUAUGUAUAUGUACAUAUGUAAAUACAUACAUCUGUCUAAAAUGUGCAGACACAUCCUCGUGCAGAAGCGAACACCUAGACAAGAAGUAAAAAUGCUAAAAAUAAUGAAAUUCUAAUGAAGUCGCUGCCAGUUCCGUUUACAGUACACAUGCGUACAUAUAUAUACAUGCAUAUGUAUGCAUAGUGUGUGUGUGGGUGUGUGUGUUUAAAUUUGUAUAAUCACAAAUUCUAUAACUAUCCAUACGCUUUUGGCGUGGUAUACAAUAAAUAUACCAUAUAUACACAUGUGAAUGUUAAAAAAUCGUAAUUGAUCAAUUCUGCUUUAAAAUUCAAUUAACGGUGCAGCGCCGACGGCAAUUGUGAACACAAAAUGUAUAAGUUGCUUUAAAAUAGAAGACUGUGUGACCAAAUCCAAUUUCAGUCCAAAUCGACAUCAGCACUCUCCAAAAUGGAUGCGUACACAUUACCAACGUAUUUUCCGCUAGCUUACACAGAAUUGCAGUUUUUGGCGUCAAGGCGGGCGGCUGCGGCAGCUGCCGCGGCUUCGGCCUCGGUGCUGCCGAGUUCGCCUUCCGCCAACCAGGUGCACACAACAGACGUGAGCAGCUCGGUGCCAGUGCCGGGAUCACCCAUGCCCCCCUCAGGGCAUGCGGACUCCACCUUGGCUUCCAGCGCCGCCGGCGGCCUCACAUUGCACCAUCAUCAUCAUCAUCAGCAGCAGCAGCAGCAUCAUGUCCAUGGGCACAAUGUCAGUCAUGGUGUGUCUGGGCAACCGGCACAGCCACAGCAUGAGUUUCAUCCGGCCUACAGAAUUCCCAGCUAUGUGGAACAGUUCUAUUCCUUGCAGAGAGCCAGCCCCAACGCUUCCUAUCACGAUCCAUACGGAAACUGUGCGCCAACGUUUCAUCUGGCCGGCCUGGGCCUGGGCUCUGGAGAGUAUUUAAGUGCCCGGGGCAUGGGCUCGCUGAGCGAACUGCAUCAUGCGGCUGUGGCAGCAGCAGCAGCCGCCGCGGCGGGAUCUUUGGCCAGCACCGAUUUCCAUUUCAGCCUGGACGGCAACGGACGGCUGGGCAGUCCGCGUCCAGGCGGCGGCGGCAGCAUGCGGGCCAGCGUUAGCCGGAAACGGGCGCUAUCCUCAUCGCCGUACUCCGACUCGUUUGACAUCAACUCGAUGAUUCGCUUCUCGCCCAACUCCCUGGCCACGAUCAUGAAUGGCUCCCGCGCGAGCAGCGCGGCAAGCGGCUCCUAUGGCCAUCUCACUGCCAGUGCCAUCAGUCCGAUGGCGCAUGCGCACACGACGAUGGCGCCCCAUCUGCAGCAGCUACAGGCUCAUCUGCUGCGCGCCAGCGCCGGACUGCUGCAUCCGAUGCAGGCGGCUGCAGCUGCCAGCUAUUCCAUGAGCCAUGCGGCAGCCGCCAGCGCUGCGGCCCUCAGCCUGACCGAGGUCUCUAUUAAAUCCAAUGCCAAGGAAUUGGCGCUGGGCAACGCCAGCCAGACCUCGACGCCAACAUCCACGUUGCUUAGCACAGCUGCAGAUGAGUCUGCGAUCAAACCCAUCAUCAGCUCGAACAAGAACUACGACGAUGCCCAUCGAGCCAAGCCCAUCGAGCAACCGUCGUCGACAUCGGAAAGCGUUGCCCAAGUUGAAGCAGACAGCGCAUCGGCGAAUCUCUUGGAGCGGCGGCAACGGAACAAGGCCUUGGGUGGGGGGCAUCGGGUACUCAGCCACCACGACGAUAGUCAUCCAGAUGGUCAUCAGUUCAACGAAUACGACUGUGCCACGGCGGACACAACGGACAUUAAAGAUGAGCCAGGUGACUUCAUCGAGACCAAUUGCCAUUGGCGCAACUGUAGCGUCGAGUUCAUGACCCAGGACGAGCUGGUCAAACACAUCAACAACGAUCACAUUCAGAGCAACAAGAAGGCAUUCGUCUGCCGCUGGGAAGCUUGUUCGCGCGGUGAAAAGCCAUUCAAGGCGCAGUACAUGCUUGUUGUACACAUGCGUCGCCAUACUGGAGAAAAGCCUCACAAAUGCACGUUUGAGGGAUGCUAUAAGGCGUACUCUCGUUUGGAGAACUUGAAAACCCAUCUGCGUUCGCAUACAGGGGAAAAGCCGUACACCUGUGAGUAUCCAGGCUGCAGCAAGGCCUUUAGCAAUGCCAGCGAUCGUGCCAAGCAUCAGAACCGAACCCACAGCAACGAGGUGAGUUGUACACAUGUUAAAUUGAAUCAAGUUUCGAAAACAUGGAUUAACAAAUUUGAACAAUUUAAACAGAAACCGUAUAUCUGCAAAGCGCCGGGCUGCACGAAGCGUUACACGGAUCCCAGUUCGCUGCGGAAACACGUGAAAACCGUACACGGCGCCGAGUUCUAUGCCAAUAAAAAGCAUAAGGGCUUGCCGCUGCAUGAUGCCAAUUCGGGUCUGGAUAGGGAUCGAGACAGUGGCCAGCAGCAGCAGCAGCAUCAGCUGCAGGAGCAGCACAUUGACUCCAGUCCGUGCAGCGAGGAUCUGCAUGGAGGCAAACUGUGUCCGGCUAGUGUGUCCAGUCCGAGCAUCAAAUCGGAGUCGGAUGCCAAUUCGCCGGGCCAACUGGCUGCAGGACACGGCGGUACUGGCACGAAUUCCGAAUGCCUCAUGCACAUCUACAGGCAGGAUGAUCUGAGUAAUGCCACCGUGCCGACCCUCGACGAGGGCUGGCCCUAUGACGACGAUGUCGAUGCCGCCGAUCUGCCCAUUGUGCUCCGUGCGAUGGUCAACAUUGGCAAUGGAAAUGCUGCAUGUGCUAGCACCAUGGCACGCCAGCGUUUUCGCAGUCGCCUACAGACUAAGGUGAUCAACUCGAGCAAUUCGAUGCUGUCCAAUAUACCGGAGACCAAUCGAUCCAUUGGCAUCAUAGAGCUCAACCAGCGUAUUACCGAGCUAAAAAUGGAGCCGGGCACAACAGCUACAUCUCCGCAGCCAGGACCACCUUUGCCGGGCAACUGUGCCGGACUAACCGAGUUGCACUCGCCGUCACAGCCGGGCGGCCAGCAGAGUCGAUCCACGGCAGCUCAGCUCCAGCAGGGGGGCUAUUCGCAGGCGGCGGUGGCUGCGAUGCGUCGCGACAGCCAGAACUCGAAUGCCAGCACAUACUACUGCAGCAUGCAGAGCCGAAGGAGCAGUCAAUCCUCGCAGCUGUCAACGAUAUCGACAAUGAGGCCCUGUCCCGUAUAUAAUACGGGAACAGGCGCUCCAUCCUUAUACGAUCCAAUAUCGCCUGGCUGUUCUCGUCGCUCCAGUCAAAUGUCGAAUGUGGCCAACGCAACGAAUGCUCCAUUAAUGUGCCAAACAUCGAGCGGCAUCUGUGGCGGUUCUGGGUUGCGCAGCAACUGCAGCCUGCCUCCCCCGCCGUCAUCCCACCUGAUUGCCUCGCAUUUGCAACGCUUGCAGUCGGGCGAGGCGAGCGCCUACUUUCAGAAUCUGAAUCCGAAUCAGAAGAUGGCGCAAAGUGGCGGGCGCUAUUCAAUUCCAAACGUGCUACAGUCGCCGCUCAAUUCGCACUUUGCCAAUGCGUACGAGGAAAACCCGAUCUCCCAGCAUAGACGUCAGUCGGAGCCCAUCAUGGCACAGCAGAGCAUGGACCGAAGGUUCAAUCCAACUGUCUUCCAGAACAUGCGCAGCUCCGUCAAUCUCAAUAAUAGAAAUCGAACGUGUCCAUCGACGGCUUCUACUUCAACUUCCACUUGCGUGCAGACCAAGGAUUGGCCAGGUGAACCGACAACCAUGGACAAUCCGCGGGAGCAUCAUCCCAAUGAAAAGGUCAAUUUGGAUGAGGUCGAGGAGCUUAUAUUGCCCGAUGAGAUGUUGCAGUAUCUGAAUUUGGUUAAGGAAACCGAGAAGCCGAAAUCAAAGGAUGGAGGAACAUCAGCUACGCCAGCCAACAAUAUACAUGAUGGAGGAUCACUUGCAGCUAAUGCGGUUUAUCAAUCUUUGGUGUCGCCAGCACCCACCCACACUCCCAACUGUCCAUCUCCACUUGUGCAACUGAUGUCCCCCCAAUCCGGACAUACAAUGUCGGCGUUGGGUAGUCCAUACUCUCAGCGAAACUAUGAAGCAGAAGGAGCCACCCAUUUCUAUCGUCAACAGCAGACGGUUUACUGUACACCAAGAUCUAAUAAUGAACCGUUUGUGACGUCAGGUCAGGCGCCGGCCCCGAUCCCCAACCCGACUCCGACCAUGGCCAUGUCCCAGGCAUCCCAGCAUCCGGCUCAGGCUCCGACUCCCACUCAACCACAAUCAAUGCCCAGCUACGAGCCACAACAGAUUAUUGACUCCUCGAUGACCAGUCUGCCCGAACUAUCGAAUCCUAAUCCCUUGGUCGUUGUUCCCAACGUAAAUAACGGCAACGAGAUACAAUGCGGGGUCGUCAGCCAGUCUCAGUUGUCGCCGACUGCCAAUAUGGAUGUCAGUUGUCCGGCACAGUUAACAAAGGCCCCACAGAAUCCCUGCUUGCCGAAGCCCAUGGAGGGGGAAGGUCAGCUAAUUGCUCAGCCCCUAAGGGCGGAGGCUAAGGUCUUGUCGGAGCAUCCGAGCAUUAUGACAUCAAUGCAUUCGGAAACCUAUCAGCGUACCCUGGAAUAUGUUCAAAGCUGCCAGAACUGGAUGGAGACGAACAGUUCGUUAAUGGGCAAUCCUCAAAUGGCCAUUAACCAACCCAAUCCGAUUUGGGCCGAUGUGAGCAGCUCGACGCAUCCGCAUCCCAGCACAAAUAUGAUUAUCAACGAUAUGACAACAUCCUUGAGCUCUCUACUGGAAGAGAAUCGAUACCUGCAAAUGAUGCAGUAGCAUGCUAAAUAAUGGUUAUAUCAACAUUUGGAAAGACUUACGCUCAUUAGUUUUUAUAAAUCAUUCAAAGAUUCAUAUUCAGAGUUGCCAAUUCAGCUUAAUUAGACCAUUAACAGAGGUCGUUGGACAGACAGUUGACAUUUUAAACGCAUUUAUCAACCCUUUUUACUGUUUUUAUUUUAAACACUGGACUUAGCUACUUUUUUGAAGCGACAGGUGGCCACACUGGUCAUAUUCAGACAUGACUACACAAAAGGACAAAGAAAUUGAUUUUAUUCAUUUCAAAACCAAAUCUACGCGACAUACUUCUAAUUAUCAUUCAUAAACACAAGCAACACUCAUGUACUUACAUACACAGCUUCAGGGUACAGAUAUUUUCGAGUAUUGAGGUUUAAUAAGAAUUAUUUAUUUUUUUAUUUUCGAUCGA